AUGAGUAAUACCUCAAUUGACUUGCGUCGCCUGGUGAAAGACCAUCCCAUUCUCUCAGCUUCUGGUGCUGCUGCUGCCGUCAUUGCUGCACUUGCGGCCAAGUACAAUGACCGCGCUGUCUUUCAUCCAGCUCGCACCGACAUCGCGCGGUAUCCUGGCUGGCCACUGAUAGGCAAUUUACCAAUGUUACUUCAGUACAAGGAUAAAAUUUAUGACUUUUUUGCGGAAGGAUUUGAUGAAAUCCACUCACCUACAAUCUACUUGUCAGCUCUGGGAAUGCCAAUGCAAAUCGGUACCUCCGACCCAGUAAAUGUGGAGUAUAUUUUGAAAACUAAUUUCGAAAACUACGAGAAAGGUCCAACGUUCCACAAUGCCAUGAACGAUCUGUUUGGCCAUGGGAUAUUUAACGCCGACGGUGAACAAUGGAAGUACCAACGCAAAACCGCUGCAAACAUCUUUAAUGUCAAAAACUUUCGAGACCAUUUCACAGCUGUGUUCCUCUUGGAACUGCAGUAUAUGCGUAACGACAUUUUUGAUGUCGCUGUUGAAACUGGAAAAGAACUUGACUUCCAUGAUAUCAUGUACAAGUUUACCUUGGAUUCGUUCAUUCUCCUUGGGUUUGGAGUAGAUUUGGGAGCCCUUAAGCAAGAAGAGAAAACCCCAUUUGCCGCAUCCUUCGAUGCUGCCCAGUUGAAUGUCUUUGAGCGCCUUCUUGUCCCUGGAUGGACAAUUAGAGAGUCGCUGGCCAAGGUUCUUAUUCCUUGGAAAACUUCCAUGGGUCACCAUGUCAAAGUCGUUGACCAAUUUGCUCGCAAAGUUGUCCGCGACCGUAUUGCUGAAACAAACAGUCCUGACUAUGUGGAGAAAGGAGAUCUUCUAUCUCGGUUCAUUCAAACUACUAAUGCCGAAGGCCAGACGCUUUCUGAGACUGAGCUGAGAGAUAUUCUUGUCAAUUUCGUAAUUGCAGGAAGAGACACCACAGCCCAAGCUUUAUCUUGGACGUUCUAUGAGCUGAUGAUGCAUGUGGAUAUACAAGAAAAGCUGGUCAAAGAAAUCUUUGAGCAUAUUACUGAUGACAUUGAAGAUGACCCAGUUGCAUUGUAUGAAGCCAUCAAAGACAUGAAGUAUGCCCAUGCAGUAUUCUACGAAAUCCUGCGUCUAUAUCCAUCCGUACCUCUCAAUCAAAAGUAUGCGUUGAAUGACGAUGUGUGGCCAGAUGGAACCAAAAUUCGUAAAGGUGACUAUGUGGCAUGGUGUCCUUAUGCUAUGGGUCGCCUCGUUGGUGUAUGGGGCCAAGACGCUCGUCUGUUCCGUCCUGAGCGAUGGUUAACUGAAAAUGGGGACCUCAAAAGGAUGCCACAAGGACAAUGGCCCGCUUUCCAUGCCGGACCAAGAGUCUGCUUGGGCCAGAACCUAGCUACCCUUGAAGCGCUACUUACCAUCUCGCUACUCUUGAAACGCUACAAGUUCACCCGCGUUCCUUGGCACAAUGUCACAUAUCAAGUUUCGCUGACACUGCCUAUGAAAAUGGGUUUGAAGGUCUAUGUUGAGAAGCGCCCUCAAUAG